AACCGCCUUCUUCGUGGGCUCAUCCGCUCUGCGACUGUCGCUGCUGGGAAAGAAUUCCUCGCUUCAAGACUCGCGGAUGACCGCGGCAAAAAUGGCCACUAUUUGACAGCGCGGGUGCCGAAAAUGGCCAUCUACGGCGCUUUUGUCAAUACGCCACUUACAACAGUAUUGCUCGGAGGCCUGAGGAAAAUGUUCGCCGGCCAAGAGAGCAACGUGGCGAAGAUAACACAGAUUUUAAUGGGGAUGUUUGUGUUGGUCCCUAUUCAGAAAAUUGUACACAUCAUCUCCAUGGCAGUUAUCGCCGGCGCGCGUACAUUCUCACAAGUCGAGGCCAGCGUUAAGGCCACCCUUUUUCCCUCACUAAAACUAAUAUGGCUCACGUUCCCACUGGCAGUUGCAUUUGCGCAGGGCUUUUUGCCCCCGAACCUUUGGCCUCAGUUCUUUACCAUGGUGUCAUUUGCUCUAAACACGUUUUGUAGCUACACAUUUAAAAAGAAAAGGUUGGCUGCUCUAAGGAGGCGUUUCGAGGCUACCAGACAGUACCGAUGA